ACUCCCAGGCUGGAAUGGUGUCCUCAUACUGAGGCCCAGAAACGUGCCCUAGCUUUACUAGGAGCGCCCCCACCUAAAGAUCCUCCCCCUAAAUACACCCCCAGACCCCGCCCAGCUGUGGUCACUGGAGUGUUUACUCUGCAGGCAGGGGGAAGAGGGCGGGACUGAGCAAGCAGAGACCGACAAAGUCCGGGGACUAUAAAGGCCGGUCAGGCAGCAUCUGGUCAGUCCCAGCUCAGAGCCGCAACCAGCACAGCCAUGCCCGGGCAAGAACUCAAGACACUGAAUGGCUCUCAGAUGCUCUUGGUGUUGCUUGUGCUCUUAUGGCCGCCGCAUGGGGGCGCCCUGUCUCUGGCCGAGCCGAGCCGCACAAGUUUCCCGGGACCCUCAGACUUGCACUCCCAAGACUCCAGAUUCCGAGAGUUGCGAAAACGCUACGAGGACCUGCUGACCAGGCUGCGGGCCAACCAGAGCUGGGAAGAUUCGAACACCGACCUCAUCCAGGCCCCUGAGGUCCGGAUACUCACACCCGAAGUGCGGCUGGGAUCUGGCGGCCACCUGCACCUGCGUAUCUCCCAGGCCGUCCUGCCCGAGGGGCUCCCCGAGGCCUCCCGCAUUCACCGGGCUCUGUUCCGGCUGUCCCCGACGGCGUCAAGGUCGCGGGACGUGACACGACCGCUGCGGCGUCAGCUCAGGCUUGCAAGACCCCAGGCGCCGGCGCUACACCUGCGACUGUCGCCGCCGCCGUCGCAGUCGGACCAACUGCUGGUAAAGUCUUCGUCCGCACGGCCCCAGCUGGAGUUGCACUUACGGCCGCGAGCCGCCAGGGGGCGCCGCAGAGCGCGUGCGCGCAACGGGGACCACUGUCCGCUCGGGCCCGGGCGCUGCUGCCGUCUGCACACUGUCCGCGCAUCGCUGGAAGACCUGGGCUGGGCCGAUUGGGUGCUGUCGCCAUGGGAGGUGCAACUGACCAUGUGCAUCGGCGCGUGUCCGAGCCAGUUCCGGGAGGCCAACAUGCACGCGCAGAUCAAGACGAGCCUGCACCGCCUGAAGCCCGACACGGUGCCAGCGCCCUGCUGCGUGCCCGCCAGCUAUAAUCCUAUGGUGCUCAUUCAAAAGACCGACACCGGGGUGUCACUCCAGACCUAUGACGACUUGUUAGCCAAAGACUGCCACUGCGUAUGAGCAGCCCUGGUCCUUAGACUGUGCACCUGCGCAGGGGAUGCGACCUCAGUUGUCCUGGCCUGUGGAAUGGGCUCAAGGGUCCUGAGACACCCGAUUCCUGCCCAAACGGCUGUAUUUAUGUAUCUGUUAUUUAUUAUUAAUUUAUUGGGUUGACCUUUCUGGGAACUGGGGGGCUGGCCUGAUGGAACUGUGUAUUUAUUUAAAACUCUGGUGAAUAAAAUAAAGCUGUCUGAAGCGC